AUGGAGUUUGCUCACACCUUGACCACAUCCUGGAUUUUGAUCCAGUAUUUUGUCGUAGUGGGAUCAUGGCAAGCGGUUGAGGUGAAGCCGUCAGUGUUUGUGCGCACCGGGUCUUCAGCCGAACUUUCAUGCAUCUAUAAUACAAAAGCCUCUGAAGGCUUUACGUUGGAAUGGCGUUACGCUGCUCCAGGAACUCCUGCUGUCAAAGCCAACAGAGUGUUAUACUACAAUGGCAAACUGUACUGGGUGAACUCCUGGGAGGGAAGAAUGACUCUGUUGCAGAACCCUCCGGUAAAGGGCGUCGCAUCUGUUAAAAUCAUCAGCGCUCAACCUUCAGAUGCUGGACUCUAUAUAUGUGAGGUCACCAACCCCAAUGACUGGUCUGGUAGUGGACAGGGUCUGAUCAACCUCACAGUGAUGGUGCCUCCAUCCACGCCAGCUUGCCGACUGCAAGGAAACACCUACGUGGGGAAUGAUGUCACUCUGGGUUGUCAGUCUUCUCAGGGACUCCCUGCACCUGUUUAUUCAUGGCACAGAGAGCAGAAUGCACCCCUUCUAUCACCAGACAGUUUUGUGGAAGAUCAGCGCUCUGGUUCUCUGAUGUUACACAACCUGUCUGAUGCCUUCGCAGGCACUUACACCUGCACAGCAGUCAAUGAGCUCGGCCAAUCGGCAUGCAGUAUAACCAUCCGAGUGGCCCAUGGGAGUACAGCAGCAGUAACCGGUGGAGUGGUGAUGGGAGUCUUCCUCGUUCUUCUGUUGGUUGCGGCAGUAUUGGUCUAUGUCUUCUGGUACAGAAAGAAGCAUAGCAAGAAAACCAGCGUGCAUGAGACCAGGCUAAUGAACAACAAUUCAGCAUCUCGUGAGGAGACUGAAGAUAAGCUCGAUCCUGGUCAACUGGAGGAUGAAGAUGAAUCUGAUCUGAAAGUGUCUCAUUUUAGUCCCAUUGUUUAG